UUACUUUCUUUCUUUAACGAACCAAAGAUCCAAAAGAUCCAAAGAUCAGAAAGCUUCAGUCUUCCACUCGCUGCUGAAGAGUAUGGCAACAAAUCUUCAAGACGAAGCCUUUCACGACGGCAUCGGAGAGGUUUUCCACAUAUCCACUCUUGAUUGGCUAAAUCAACCGGAUCUGGUGGCGAUCUACGACAGGCAUCACGCGAUCCCUUUACCUCUAAGCAUUGAAAAGCUGGGUCCAGGGCCGAUCGAAGAAGGCAUCUUCCUCUAUGCUCGCCUUAGAAUGAGAGAUCAUUUUGAGUGGGAUGAUGUCAACGAGGAGAGGAGAAGGAAUUGUAGAACGGGAAGAACUCCAGCAGGAGCUCAAGUUACUCAUACGGAAGCGACUUUAACGAUGGAGGAUGGCCAUUUGUUUACAAGACGGAACUACCAUCGAGGUCCAAACCCCUUCUGCUUGGUGCAUUAUCUCAUCCGUCCUCCACCAGUUGUGAACGACGAGUCGGAAGACGACGGAGGCGGUGACGAGGACGAGUCGGAAGACGACGGAAGCGGUGACGAGGACGAGUCGGAAGACGACGGAGGCGGUGACGAGGACGAGUCGGAAGACGACGGAGGCGGUGACGAGGACGAGUCGGAAGACGACGGAGACGCUGCCGAGGCGGGGGAUGGAGACGCUGCCGAGGCGGGGGAUGGAGACGCUGCCGAGGCGGGGGAUGGAAGCGAACAAGAUUCCACGGAGUCGGAGGAUGAUUUCAAGGGAGACCCGGACUAUGAUCCCAAUCUUGACGAACAGCUCGACGCUUCAAAUCAUUCUAUCGGCUAUCUUCGCGAGGAGGCUCUUACGCGUGAUUCAGUGAAAAAGGAGAAAUUUUUUGGUGUGGUUCUGCUAAUUGAUCGGUUCAUCAACUCUUGCGAGGCUGGACAGAUUCGUUUUGCAACUGAAAAAUUUGUUACUCUCUAUAAGGAUCCUGUACAAGGGGUGGCGCCACUGUUGUCAGCUGUUCGUAAGGUUCAGGUCUCCGCUAAGUGUUUCACCGCACUGCAUCCGGAUUGUCUUCAGCUGUGUCUCCAGGCGAAGUGCUACGAAGCUGGUUUCUCCAUUCUUAGCGAUGAUAUCUUGGAGGUUGACCAGCCUAGAGAUCUUUAUCUCUAUUGCUAUUAUGGGGGAAUGAUAUGCAUUGGACUGAAGAGAUUCCAGAAGGCAUCGGAGCUUCUUUACAAUGUUGUUACUGCUCCAAUGUUUCAACUCAAUGCCAUAGCUCUUGAGGGGUACAAAAAGUACAUAUUGGUGACUCUCAUUCACUCUGGCCAGUUUACUGGCAGUCUCCCCAAGUGCGCUUCUACAGCAGCUCAGAGGCACCUCAAGAGCGGGUGUAUGCCUUACUCCGAAGUGGGUAAUCGUUACAACGAUGGGAAGAUCAGUGAACUAGAGGCAGUAGCUGUGGCGCACAGCUCAGAUUUUGAAAAGGACAAUAACAUUGGAUUAGUUAAGCAAGCAGUGACAUCCCUUUACAAGCGGAACAUACUGAGAUUGACUCAGAAGUACUUGACCUUGUCGCUUCAAGAUAUAGCCCAACUUGCUAAUGCUAAGGAGGCGGAAAUGCAUGUGCUUCAGAUGAUCCAGGAGGGUCAGAUACAUGCCCUUAUCAACCAGAAAGAUGGAAUGGUGAGAUUCUUGGAGGACCCUGAGCAGUACAAAACCAGUGAGAUGAUGAUAGAGGUCACGGAUUCUGUCAUCCAAAGGACAAUUGGGCUGUCGAAGAAUCUACUAGCGAUGGAUGAGAGCUUAUCAUGUGAUCCUCUGUACUUGGGAAAGGUUGGAAGGGAAAGGCAAAAGUACGACUUCGGAGACGGUUUUGAUACUGUCCCUCAGAAGUUCUCCAUGUAAAGAGCGAAAUAACCUGACAGAUCAAAGACAACUCUAGUUGUGAGGAUCAUUUAAGACAACCUUCUUUUACUGAUUUUUCUUCUUUUCGUUGGUUUACGAAGUUUCAUAUAGUGUUCUCACAAUGGCCAACAAGUAGAGAAGAGCGGAUCUUAAUCACCUUGUAAAUUUUCGAUUAGUGUUGUUCUCACAA